AAAAACAACGGUCAUGGUCAGCAAGGUUACGUGCGCAUGUUAUGUUGUACUUUUUGCGAUUAUCGUGAAUAGAAAAAAAAAGCAACGGUGUUAUGAUCUACAGAGAUAUUUAGACAUCAGAUUGCAGAUGAUAUAGAAUAAGCCAUGAACAGGAAAAAGAGGGAAUAAGAGAAACUGUACCUCGGUGCUUUCAAAAAGGCGUGGAUGAUAUAAAGGCAAUGCGCUGCACACAGUAUUUUUCUUCUCUUUUCGUUCCAAUUCCUUCUUUGAAUUCAACCAUCUUUUCUAUUUAUGGCCAUUCAGCAAGAUACCACCGACAUAGCAGAAACGGACCAGAAAGCAACUGCUCAAACAGUGUCCCCGUCAGACGACAUACCGCCAUCGACAAUGACCGAAGAUGAACAGUUAUCAUCGGCUUCAUCGCAAUCACACCUCAUGGAAAAACCAAGAGCGAUGGCCGAUUUAGCCUCUUCUCCAAGAAAGAUACCUGGUGCUGGUCAUCAUUCUCCGACCCGACCCAAACUUGAUACGCCUAUUCGUAGUGCGGACACUUCUCGAUUAUUGACUCUCGAUAAGAUGCCCCAUCAUCGUCCUAUUAAACAGCGAGAUCUCACACCAACGGCACCGACUCAGGAACGUCAACUGACAGUUGAAACAGCUGUCUUUCCAGAUCAGCCCAUGUUCCAAAAGCAAAAUAUAAGUCCACCUUCGGUGCGUAUGCUAUUCUGCCUUUUCGCUUUCUACCCAAUGCACUGCUUUUCUUUUUGCCAUCUUUUAUCUUUCUCCCAAACAUCAUGUAAUUCACUGGUUGCUAAUGGAUAACCUAUCAUAGGGCGCCCGUUCCACACAUAAGAAGAAGAGACGGCCUUUGACAUCAAGUUAUCAGACACCUACCGAUAUAUUUGCCCAGAAUCUCAGCGAAGCAAUC